GAAAAGCCCAGGAGUGUUGGGCAAUCGUGGUUUCCUCCCAGCCCGCAGGACCCAGCCGUGCCAGCCCAGCCCCGGGCGUCUUGGGGCCUCGUCCGCUCAGGCAUGGAGGAGACAGUGGUGAGGCCCUCGGUGUUCAUGGUGGAUGGACAGACGGACAUCCCUUUCACAAGGCUGGGGCACAGACGCAGGAGACAGCCCUGCAGUGCAGCCCGGCUGGGCCUGGGCCUCCUGCUGCUGCUGUUGACGACCGGAAUGGCUGUCCAGGGCUGGUUCCUGCUGCAGCUACACUGGCGCCUGGAGGUGAUGGCCGCCCCCCUGCAGGACAGAGGUGCAGGAUCCUGGGAUCAGCUGGUGCAAGAUCGGAGGCCCCAGCGGGCCAACCCGACAGCACACCUCACAGGGGCCAACUCCAGCCUGACAGGCAGUGGGGGCCCGCUGCUGUGGGAGACGAAACUGGGCCUGGCCUUCCUGAGGGGCCUCACCUACCGGGACGGUGCCCUGGUCAUCGCCCAGGCCGGCUACUAUUACAUCUACUCCAAGGUGCAGCUGGGCGGCGUGGGCUGCCCCCAGAGGCUGACCGGCGGCCUGCCCAUCACCCACGGCCUCUACAAGCGCACGGCCCGCUACCCCGAGGAGCUGGAGCUGCUGGUCAGCCGGCGGUCACCCUGUGGGCGAGCAAGCAGCCCCCGGGUCUGGUGGGACAGCAGCUUCCUGGGCGGAGUGGUCCACCUGGAUGCCGGAGAGGAGGUGGUGGUGCGCGUGCCUGAUGAGAGCCUGGUGCGAGUCCGCGAUGGUACGCGGUCCUACUUCGGGGCGUUCAUGGUGUGAAGGAAGUAGCCAGGGUAGACUGAACGGAGUCCGACAGACAGAGACCUCAGAGGGUGCCUCGGGAGACAGGAAAACCAGCAAGCAGAGAUUUUGGAGUGUGCCCAGAAGAACCCCAAACUCGACAGAUGGAGAGCUAAUUGGGGACCACCGGGACCAAGAACCCAGUUAUCCCACAAGGUGAAA